AAACCGUGAAAGUGAGAUGUUUCACUGUUAUCUAAUUCCGCAUUAGCCAAACCCUAUUGCACUACCUACCGUUUCGUUAGUUUCUGUGUUUAGCAAGACUGACACACCUUCCGUUUAUUAAAAUAUUAUAUUUAGUGUAAAAUACUUCCACAUGUGAGUCUGUUUGAGAGUCCUCUGUGUGCUUUUAACCCUAGAUCCUGCAGACGUUACUAGCUUACUUGUUAGCUCUGAUAGCUAGCUACUCGUCUUCUGGUCAGGUGGAGCUCAUCACAGUUUUUGUCAUCUCUGUGGGGAAAGUUAUUUCUUCACUUCCUACCUCUGCUAAAUUCAAGUCAACGAUCUUGUGAGUCUGGUUUGCUGUCGUCGAGUUUGCAUCACAAUGUCUGGAAACCCUGCUGUGUUAAUGCGGCUGGUGGCAUCUGCCCACUCUGUGGCUGAAAAGGCAGGGUCCAUUGUGAGGAAGGUUCUCCACAGUGGAGAGCUUGGCAUUGUUGAAAAGACGGGAGCUAAUGAUCUGCAGACACUGGCAGACAGAAUGGCACAGCAGAGCAUUUGUGCAUCACUAUCCCGACGCUUCCCCAAAAUCACCAUCAUUGGAGAGGAGGAUCUUCCAGCUGAGGAGAUCAAGGACGAUCUCAUUGAGAACGGUCACUUAGAGGAGAUCCUUCAGAAGACAUGUCCAGCAGAGUACAGUGGGCUAAAAGAGGAGGAGAUAGUGGUUUGGGUGGAUCCCCUUGACGGCACAAAGGAGUACACUGAAGGGCUGCUUGAUAACGUGACGGUGCUCAUCGGGAUUGCAUACGGAGGCAGGGCUAUCGCAGGCAUUAUCAACCAGCCUUUCUACAACUAUCAGCUUGGAGCAGGAGCACAUUUAGGGAGGACCAUGUGGGGGAUCCUGGGAUUGGGCGCGUUUGGAUUUCAGCUGCAGGAAGUCCAAGGUGACAGACGGAUCGUCACCACCACACGUUCCCAUAGUAACAAGCUGGUAACGGACUGUGUGGAUGCCAUGGAGCCGCAUGAAGUGAUAAGAGUGGGGGGUGCAGGAAACAAGAUUAUCCAGCUUGUUGAAGGAAAAGCUUCCGCUUACGUUUUCGCCAGUCCAGGGUGCAAGAAAUGGGACACCUGCGCUCCUGAAGCCAUCCUGCACGCCGUUGGAGGUAAACUGACUGACAUGCACGGCAAUGCGUACUGCUACAAUGCUGACAUAAAGCACAUGAAUUCCGCUGGCGUUCUUGCUACACUACGUAACCACGAGUACUACGUCAGCAGAGUGCCACAGUCAGUGCUGCAAGCCCUGAAGUCAGACUGAGGUCCGUCUGCAUCAGAAAUCAUACUGAUCAGUGACUGUUAAUUAAGAGGAAUCAACACAUUCACUCUGCAGAGGAAACAUCCUGCACACACAUGCAGGAGACUUUUAUAAAUAUCUUUUUGCACUUUUUGAAAAUUUGAACUCAUUUCUGAUUAUAGUGAACAUCUGUAUUUACUCCAAUGAUCAUUUCAUAUCACACCAGACAAAUUAAAGCACCAACAUGUUUGUAUCAUUCAGCGUCACUGAAGUCAUUUAGAAACAGAGAGCGGACUCAACAGCACUUCCAUUUAAUUCACUCGUUUGAAACAAACUCCUACAAAUCUUCAAACAUCUUCACAUACUGUUUCCAACUUGAAGACCGAUAGAUUUACAAGGCAAAAGGCAAGAUUAAAAUAAAUUAAGUACAUCAGUUAACUGUUGUUUAGUGGGAACAAUGUCAUAUAACCAGCACUAUGCCAACAACAAACAAAAUGGCAUCAUUGUAACUUGAUGAGUAUGACCUUUUUUUUUUACAAUGCUUUGAUGGCCGAAUGUGCAAAACUGUUCAAUGUGAAACAAACAGAUGAGGAAAUAAUAAAAAAAAAAAGAAGAA